UGAGAAAACCAUGAGUCCAGUGAGGUUACAUGGCCAGCCCAGGUUCAUACAAGUUUAGUGAAAGGGAAACCAAGGAUUUUUACCAGAUUCAUACUGAUGAGAGAGCCAUUCCCGUAACCAGACAGCAGCCCUAAUGUAAUGGAAACAGACUGUAAUCCCAUGGAGCUGAGCAGUAUGUCAGGGUUUGAAGAAGAUGCAGAGCUUAAUGGUUUUGAAGAAGCUGAUACGAAAGACAUGAAGCUAGAAGCCGAAGCAGUUGUAAAUGACGUUCUCUUUGCUGUUAACAACAUGUUUGUCUCAAAAAACCUGCGCUGUGCCGACGAUGUGGCCUAUAUUAAUGUGGAGACAAGAGAAAGGAACAGAUACUGCCUGGAGCUCACUGAAGCAGGGCUAAGGGUGGUAGGUUAUGCUUUUGACCAAGUGGAUGAUCACUUACACACUCCCUAUCAUGAAACGGUCUACUCGUUGCUGGAUACCCUCAGCCCUGCCUACCGGGAAGCAUUUGGAAACGCACUCCUUCAAAGACUGGAAGCUUUGAAGAGGGAUGGAUAGUCAUGCUUUUUCCUUCUAGAGGGGGCUGCUGGUACAAAAUGUUGACAUAAAGCUUGAAAUACUUGCAUAUGGUCAUAGUAGAAAAUGCAUCUUUGGUUUUUAUGUCCAUUUCUUGCUUCAAGUUUAGGCUUCUGACUCAAAACAUCACUGAUUAAUGAAUU